AUGUGGAACUCUCCAAAGGUGGGAGUCCUCGGUGGAGGUCAGUUGGGACGAAUGCUCGUUGAGUCGGCGAACCGACUUAACAUCCAGGUCAAUGUUCUGGACGCCGAUAACGCCCCUGCGAAACAAAUCAGUGCCCACGACGGCCAUGUGACUGGCUCAUUCAAGGAGCAUGAAGCUGUGCGUAAAUUGGCGAAGACCUGCGACGUUGUGACGGCCGAGAUCGAGCAUGUCGAUACCUACGCUCUUGAGGAGAUCUCCUCGGAGGUCAAGGUUGAGCCCAGCUGGCAAGCAAUCCGAACAAUCCAGAACAAAUUCAACCAGAAGGAACACCUGCGGAAAUAUGGCAUACCAAUGGCGGAGCACCGGGAGCUGCUUGAGAACACCCCUGCUGAACUCGCCAAGAUCGGCGAGCAGCUUGGGUAUCCCUUGAUGCUUAAGUCGAAAACCAUGGCCUACGACGGACGGGGAAACUUCCGUGUCAAUUCCAAGGACGAUAUCCCCGAAGCCCUGGAAGCGCUCAAGGACCGGCCAUUGUACGCUGAGAAAUGGGCGUACUUCAAGAUGGAAUUGGCCGUAAUGGUUGUGAAAACCAAGGACGCGGUCCUCUCAUACCCCACAGUCGAGACAGUACAAGAAGAUUCGAUAUGCAAGCUCGUCUACGCACCUGCCCGCAAUGUCUCCGAUGCCAUCAACCAAAAAGCUCAGGAGCUAGCCCGCAAGGCUGUCGCAGCCUUUGAUGGCAAGGGUGCCUUCGGUGUGGAGAUGUUCCUUCUCGAAGACGACAGCGUCAUGCUGUGCGAAAUUGCCAGCCGCAUCCACAACUCGGGCCACUACACGAUUGAAGGAUGUGCCCUGUCCCACCUCGAAAUCCGCCAACCGUCCAUCAUGCUGAACAUCAUCGGCGGCGCAGCCCCAGACACCCAUCUUAAAGCCGCCGAGGCCGCUCUCUCCAUCCCCAACGCCAGCAUCCACCUCUACAGCAAGGGUGCCGCCAAACCGGGCCGCAAAAUGGGCCACGUCACCGUCACCGCUCCCACAAUGCACGAAGCCGAGAAGUACAUCCAGCCCCUCAUCGACGUUGUCGACGAGAUCCGCUCCAAGCGCAGCGACAUCAAGACGCAGCCCGCCAAGUCCGGCCCGUCGAAGCCCACCCCCACCGUCGCCGUGAUGAUGGGCUCGGACAGCGACCUCAAGACCCUUGUUCCGGGCCUGAAGCUCCUCCGUGACUACUUCGGCAUCGAGCCCGCCGUCGACAUCACCUCCGCCCAUCGCACCCCAACAUUCAUGGCCGAGUACUCAGCCAGCGCGGCCGCGCGCGGCAUCAAGGUCAUUAUCGCCGCUGCGGGCGGCGCCGCCCAUCUCCCUGGUAUGGCUGCCGCUCACACCGUCCUGCCCGUCAUCGGUGUACCGGUCAAGGGCAGCUCGCUGGACGGCGUGGACAGCUUGUACAGCAUCGUCCAGAUGCCUAGAGGUGUCCCCGUCGCGACGGUAGGAAUCAACAACAGCAUCAACGCUGCCCUCCUGGCGGCUCGUAUCCUUGGCGCAUCCGACCCUGCUAUCCAGCGUAAGGUGGAGGCGUAUGCCGAGCAGGCUAGAUACGAGAACAUGGAGCUGAAGGGGACCAAGAUGCAGGAGCUCGGAUGGGAAAAGUACUUUGAACAGAUGUAA